AUGUCAAUUCCACGUCUCAUCCCACGGAGCCUCCUACGGCCGUCGCCGUUCGCUCCCAGCGCUCUCCCAGCAUCCAGCCGGGCAUUCGGCACGACAGCUCUACGCCUGCAAAAUGUCAAGAUCAACGACCGCGCCCCUUCCACGGCGGCAGCACAUCGCGACAACCAGACCAAGAAGCAGCCCAAUCAGUCCGUGCCAAAUACAACCUCCACCAUGACCAAGGACUUCCCCAAUGUCGGGGAGAAGCCGGCGCCGCCGGAGAUGCUGAACUCCGUGGAUCCGAACUACCGUCCGGCGGAUCCCUACCCAGGCAGAAUUGAGCAUUUCACGGGUGGACGGCAGCAGAGCGGUGCGCAGAAGCCCGAGCUUGGGGUUGGAGAGAUGGAGGGGAUUACCUUCAGGGUUGAGCCGCUGAAGAGGGAUGGGGAGGAUGCUGCAACUAUGCGGGCUCGAUUACUAUGUUUCCGGAAGCGAGGCAUCCUGGAAUCCGACCUGCUCCUCUCCACCUUCGCAGACGUCUACCUCGCGCAAAUGACCCCAGCCCAACUUCAGGAAUACGACCGCUUCCUCGACGAGAACGACUGGGACAUCUACUACUGGGCCACGCAAGACCCGCCGUCGACUGCAGAGGCGCAAGAAACCGAAGCCUCUGCUGAAAAGCCCCAGGAUACCGUAACGGAAACCUGGAAGCGCACUGGCGCCAAGAGCGGCGAGUGGGCGCAGACGAUCGGUGCCUUCAAGGCUGCUUACCGGCCUGUGCCAUCACGAUGGGCUGAGUCGGAGGUCUUGCAGCUCCUGCGGCAGCAUGUGCGUGAUAAGAGCGCGACUGGGUUUGAGUCGGCGAAGAAUAAGAAGACUGGAGGUGGGGGCUUGGGGCGCAUGCCUAAUGUGCAGGUGUUUAAUUCGUGA